GAAUGAUUUGGUGUUUUCACAGGACGCAUGGGCAAUAUGUAGGAUUUUCAAGAAAGCAAACUCCAAUGUACACAGGGCACUUUCUCAUCAAUCAUGGGUAGUUUCAUCUCCAAUUCCUCAAACUCCCUUUCAAGAUGUCUUAACCCUAGACACCAACAACACUCAUGCUCACACUCAUAAUACCUCUUGUUCAACCCUCCAAUUCCAUUGCACCAAUGGCUUCAAAUUCUCAACCGAGAUCGCCACCGCAACCGCCACCCCUCAGCCGCUAGAUCUCCUCCGCCCCUUCAACAACGCCUCCCCGAGCUACAACGCAUUUCCUUCUACCCUAUUCGCACAUCAUCAAACACCACUCCCCACCAACAUCAUUGCUAAUGAUGCUUCUUCCUUUUUGCUAGAAAUGUCAAGUUCAGUGUUCGGAGACUGUGGUGGUGGAUUAGUCACCGGUGGCUUUCCGGUGGUUCCACUACCGGAAAACCUUACGGAGGGGAGCCAAAAGGGGGAAGGUAAGACUGUGGUGGAUGGAAAGGAACCCCCAGAUAUAAUUGAUGAUUCCAUUAGGUUUUCUUUCAAUGGCUUCCCUUUGAGUAUGGGGUCUGAUACUAAUGCAUGCAAGUCUAGUGUGGUGUGGGAAUCUUCACCCUGUCCAAGUGAAAUCUCAUCCAGUUAUUCUACUAACACAAGUGCUACACUUGAGCACUUGUUAUAAUAUAUAAUAAAUAUUUGUAAGCUUCUCCCAGCUUGUGAGAAAGUGUAGUACUUUUUGAUGUAUUACUAGUCAACUUUACUAGUUUACUUCCUAGAAUAAUUACAUCUCUUUUUGGAACUGGGAUGGUCAUAUUUACCAGCGGCAUGCACUUGAUCUUUCUUGGUGAUGAAAUGCUG